AUGGACGACGAUACGCAGUCCCAGCGGCCGCCCUUUUACUACCGCGCGUUGGCCGAGGUGGGCCUAGUAACACUGUACAAUUCAUCGCGAGACAUCAAGCUCCUCUGCCUGCAGCGCUUCGUCCGGCUCUUUGCCUAUGGCGUCACGACGCUCAUCCUCGUCGCCUUCCUGCAGGAGCUCGGCCACUCGCGCACCCGCGUCGGGCUGUUCAUGACGCUGACGCUCGUCGGCGACGUGGUGAUUAGCUUCUUCCUCACGCUCUUUGCCGACAAGCUCGGCCGCAAGGCCAUCCUGUCGCUGGGCGCGCUGCUCAUGGCCGGCAGCGGCGCCGUCUUUGCGCUCUUCUCCAACUACUGGGUGCUGCUGCUCGCCGCCGUCCUGGGCGUCAUCAGCCCUGCCGGAAACGAGAUUGGGCCCUUUCGCGCCGUCGAGGAGAGCAUCGUCGCGCACCUGACGGCCAAGGAGCACAGGGCGGAGAUUUACGCGUGGUACACGCUCUUUGCGCCCGCAGGCUCGGCGUUCGGCAUGAUGGCGAGCGGCUGGGCCAUUGAGGCGGCCCGCAGCCAGCUUCACUGGUCCCUGCUGAGCGCCUACCGCGGCGCCUUUGUCGCCUACGCCAUCUUUGGCUUGUUCAAGUUCCUGCUCACUGUUAUGCUUUCCCGCAAGGUAGAGCUUGAACCAACUCCGAUUGCGCCGGCGGAUACGGUCGAUGAGCGUGCACCACUGCUCGAUGAUGGAGCCGCCGCCGAAUCUCCUGCCAAGAAGAGCCGGCUGGCAUCUCUACUUCCUCACAUCAGCCCGGAGAGCAAAAAGAUCACGGCUAUACUUUGCGUACUGUUUGCAAUUGACUCGCUGGGCUCCGGCCUAGCUUCCCUCUCCUGGGUGACUUUCUACUUCCGAAGCCAAUUUGGCAUUGAAGAAGGCAGGCUGGGGUCUCUCUUUUUCACGACUAGCAUCAUUUCGGCCAUAACAGUGUUGGUGGCGUCGUCAAUUGCGAAACGGCUCGGAAAUGUCAAGACUAUGGUCUUCACUCAUCUUCCGUCGGCAGUUUUUCUGGCCUUGAUUCCGAUACCCUCUGACCCCAAGUUUGCGAUCAUGUUCUUGGUUCUGCGUGCGUCUCUACAGAGCAUGGACAGUGCGCCGAGGACCGCCUUCAUGGCCACCAUUCUGCAACCGGGGGAGCGAACUUCCGUGAUGGGCGCUGUAAACGUUGUGAAGACGACUGCACAGAGCAUGGGCCCUCUAAUCACGGGUGUGCUUGCUAGCCACAAGUUCUUUUGGCUUACCUUUGUUAUUGCGGGCUCUCUCAAGGGAACAUACGAUUUGCUGUUGCUUGCUGUCUUCAGAAAUUACGGAAGACACCGAACAGGCUGA